AUGGAAAACCUUGAAAAAAUUUACAUUCGAAAUAAAGACGAUAUCUCGGAAAUUUUCUUUUACUUCUACAAUUGGUUGAAACUGAACUUUAACACGUGCCUCAUCAUAAGUGAAAACAGCAGCCUGAGGAGUAACAUCAUUUUAGAGCUGACCAAUAGGAAGAAGUUAGUUGUGAGUGAACUCAAUUCUUGUGAAGCAAUAUUUCGUCUGACGUGUGAAGGGAAAGAAUGCACAACUAGUGGUGGCACUACUGUUACUAGUGAUGAUGCUACAUAUGAGGGUGCAGCUAGUAGUGCUGCUUCUAAUGGUGAUACUGCCAAUAGAGAGAAUACUAAUGCUAGCAGCACAGGCUGUGAUAGCAAAGGAAAUCAAGGAACCGUUGAGGCACUAGAGAGAGAAGAAUUAAAAUAUUUCCUAAAGGAAUAUCUGACAAGUAACAAAAAAAUCGAUGAUAAUUUUUAUAAAAGAGUCGAAAACGAAAUGGCGAUUGAAAAAGGUUUCUCAAAGAAUAAAGUGGGAUAUAUGGAUUUCUUACUCUUUUGUAUUUUUAAAAAAAAUAAAGUUGAAAAAAUAGGUGAUGCAAACAAGUAUAUAAAUAUAAACUCUUGGUUUUUAAAAAAUAAUUUUCCUAUUAGAAAAGAAGAAAUGAAUUCAUUUACUAGAACUAAUUUUAUACAGCAAAUUGUAGAAGAUGAUUUAAAAAAAAAAAAACAUACAUAUAUAAUUACAAGAUUUCCACCUGAACCAAAUGGGUAUCUGCAUUUGGGACAUGCAAAAAGUAUAUGUUUAAAUUUCGGAUUAACAGAAAAAUAUGGAGGUCAAACUCAUCUACGCUUUGAUGAUACAAAUCCAACAACGGAAGAAGUGCAAUAUAUAGAAUCGAUUAAGGAGGAUGUCAAAUGGUUAGGAUUUGAUUGGCAUGAUCACUUAUAUUUUGCCUCAGAUUAUUUUGAUCAAUUAUAUGAAUGGGCUGUUCAGCUAAUAAAACAAGGAGAUGCAUAUGUGGAUGAUCAAUCCAUUGAAGAAAUAAGAAAAAAUAGAGGGAAUUUAAAAGAACCCGGAGUCAAUUCACCAAACCGUGAUAGAAGUGUAGAAGAAAAUUUACAACUUUUUGAAAAAAUGAAAUUAGGAGAGUUUAAAGAAGGAGAAAAAGUUUUGAGAGCAAAAAUAGACAUGUCAUCAGGAAAUAUAAAUUUGAGGGAUCCAAUCCUAUACAGAAUUAUUCAUAAGAUUCAUCCAAAAAGUAAAAACAAAUGGGUUAUUUAUCCCAUGUAUGACUUUGCACAUGGACAAUCAGAUUCAAUUGAAAAAAUUACACAUUCUAUAUGUACACUAGAAUUUGAAACACAUAGACCUUUAUAUGAAUGGUUCCAACAGAAACUUCAAAUAUAUAGAACGAGACAAAUUGAAUUUGCGAGACUUAAUGUUACAUACAUGGUUAUGAGUAAAAGAAAAUUAUUAACAUUAGUGAAUGAAAAAUAUGUAAACGGCUGGAAUGAUCCUCGUAUGCCAACUAUUUCAGGUAUGAGAAGAAGAGGAUAUAGUCCCGAUGCCAUAAAAGAUUUCUGUAACAAAGUUGGAGUUGCAAAAAGAGAAAAUAUGAUUUCACAUGAUCUCUUAGAAUUAUGUGCAAGGGAAGAUAUGAAUAAAAAGGCUAUACGUCUUUUUGGAAUUUUAAAACCGUUAAAAGUUGUUAUUACUAACUUUCAGGAAAAGCUAGAUGAUACAAAUUUCGAUUUGCACGAUUUAAUUGCAUUAAAUCAUCCUAAAAAUGAAAGUAUGGGACAAAGAAAAAUAAAAUUUGAAAAAGAAAUUUUUAUAGAUGAAGAAGAUUUCCAAGAAAAUCCAUCAGAUCUUUUCUACCGAUUAGCCCCAAAUAGAACAGUUCGGUUGCGAUACGCCUUUUGCAUUACAUGCAACGAAGUUGUUAAAGAUGAGACAAAUAAUCAUAUUCUUGAGUUAAGAUGUACAUACGAACCUGAAAGUAAAAGUGGUGUAAAUAAUAAUAAUUAUAACACUUUAGAUUAUUCUAAGAAAGUAAAAUGUAGUACUAUACACUGGGUAGCCAAAUCAAAUGCUAUUCCUGCAGAAUUUAGAAUGUAUGACAAAUUAUUUACAAAACCGAACCCAGAAUCAAAUGAUGAUAACGAUGGUAUUGUUGAAAAAAACACAAAUGAUGAUAAUACCAUUGUAUUUGACAGUAAAAAUAGCACUAUGAUGGAAGAUGUCGUUGAAAAUUCCAAUGUGUAUGAUAAUUAUAUUACAUACACUACUACUUGUGCAAAGGAAGAUGAAGAGAAUUCAAAAGAAGAUAAACUUAUCAAAGAAGAACAAAAUAAUAAUGCAGGAUGGAGAAAAUAUAUAAACAAAAAAUCAUUAGAAAUAUAUAAAGGUGUAGUUGAAAAUUAUGCAAUCAAUUGCAAAGUUGGAGAUCCUAUACAAUUCGAAAGGGUUGGAUUUUUUACAAAAGAUAUGGAUUCAACCCAGGAGUCCCCUGUUUUCAAUUUAACCGUUGCUCUUGUGGAUAACACAACUUUGAAAAAAAAAAAAGAAGACCUUCUGAAGAAAGAAAUGGAUAAACUGAAACGCGAAAAAAUUGCAAGCGAGCGACGUAUGAAGCGAGAGGAGAGGAAAUUGCGAGAGAAAAAAAAGUUGGAACAGGCCGCUUCCUAA